UGGAAUACUUCCGGAUGACAGUACAUAAAAGAUGGCGACGUGCACGACGUGUUAUUGGAGUCCUGCGUAAUCCAGGGUUCUUUUAGAUUGUAUUUUCUAUUUCCGUGGUUAAAAGGGAGUAUAUUGUUUGGAAGAAUCCUACUACAUUUCCUGAAUCCUCGGUCAUCAUAAGAAGAAUCCGCCCACAUAAUAUUAAUUUCUGGAGCAUCACUCUUGCUAUAGGAGUUAAACUGAGCUGUAUUCUUGCUUUAAGCUGACAGAAUGGAAGAAAAAGAGAGGUGCUUCCAGAUAAGCAAUGUAUAGUAUUUUUUUCAAAAAGAUGACCAUUUUUGCACUAGUAAAACUUCAUUGGAGAAAAUGCCUAUUAAAGGUAUUCUUAAGCAUACAAAGCUGUUUUCUGGAAUGAUGGUUAUUAAGCACUCGCAAAGAGUAGAAUGAUGAAUACUUUAUGCACACUUGGGAUGAACUUGGACUUAAAGGACUCCUUUCUGUUGUAGCACUGUCUUGUAUAAAGUGAAAACUGGAGACUUUCAAGUUUACUGCUAAUUGCUUCUCCCCUUGCAGUUAUAUUAUGCACAAAGUCUGAAAUUCUUUCCCUGUAACCAAAGUGCACAAACUGAGUAGAGUGACGAGUAUUUCUUAAUCUGUAGUCUCCAAGAUGAGCUGUAUGCCAUGGAAAGGAGACAAGUCAAAAUUGGAUGCAGAACUGCAGGCUUCAGCUCUGAUUUACCAUGAGAAGCAGCGAAGAGAACUUUGUGCACUUCAUGCACUAAAUAAUGUCUUCCAGGAUGGGGGUGCAUUCACAAGGGAGGCCUUGCAGGAAAUCUUUCAAAGGUUGUCGCCAAACACCAUGGUAACACCACACAAAAAAAGUAUGCUGGGAAAUGGAAAUUAUGAUGUCAACGUCAUCAUGGCAGCACUUCAGACAAAAGGAUAUGAAGCAGUUUGGUGGGACAAAAGAAGGGAUGUUAAUACUAUUGCACUUUCGAACGUAAUGGGGUUCAUCAUGAAUAUCCCCUGCAGCCUUUGUUGGGGCCCAGUGAAGCUCCCAUUGAAGCGACAGCAUUGGAUUUGUGUUCGAGAGGUGGGCGGGACCUACUACAACCUUGAUUCCAAAUUAAAAGCACCAGAGCGAAUUGGCAGUGAUGAAGAACUCCGGAAAUUUAUGAAACACCAGCUGCGGGGGAAGAACUGUGAGCUUCUCUUGGUUGUUCCUGAAGAGGUUGAAGUCCAGCAGACUUGGAGGACUGACAUGUGAUAUGAAGAAUCUUGACAGCUGAGACUGUUGCAAGCUACUACAAAUCCCAUGGAUUGGGGAAUCUUAAAAAUACAACUAUUUUUGGAUUCUUUUCUUUUUUGUAAUUUGAGGAAGUGCUUGCAUAUUACUUUGAAAUGCCUUGCUACACUAUUUUGGGGGUAGAAUUGGUGCUUUUUUGUUUGUCCAUUUUAGUAGGGCAGUGGUUGAGGUAUUUAUUUCUGAUGGUUUGUUGUGGCUUUAACCACCACUGGUUGGCUGUAAGGUCAGCUGCUUCUGAUUGCAUAUCUAGUUUGCUGGUUGCCUGCACUUUUGGUGUUGGCACAUGAAUCGCACCAUACGUGUAUGUGUGUACAUACAUGCUUUUUUUUUUGUCUGAUUGGUUGUCUUUCUGUUCAUUUAAAAAAUCAGCCUGAUGAGGGUAACUCAGGUAAGCCAUUUUUUGUCUUUUGGGGGGUAUUGGUGCCAUUAAAACAGACAUUCUUUACUGUUUUAUGAGUUUUGGUAACAUUCUCUUAACUCAGACUGGUCUUUUUAAAAAUAUCCAGUUUUAUGACCUUGACUUCAGUGUAGUUGACUUGUAGGACUAGUAGUGAAUAUGAGGAUUCUGCAUUCUGAGUUGCUCAUAAAAGGAGAUGAGUCAAGCAUGAGCUUGCCUAAAAAUCAUUGAAGGCAGUUUUUCCUUUAAUCCCUACAUGCCAGAUUAUAUUUUUUUCUAAGAUGUUUUUUCUCUUAAUUGUCAAGGGAGACAUUGUCAAAGUUUUCAUGUUUAGGGAGGUUUAAUGUGCCUGCCAACACUCUGCUGGUGUGCUGGAGGCAGGACAUGUCACAGGAGCUUCUGUAGAAAAGUAGAUUAGGUAUGUUAAAGGGAAGAUUAUGUAAGGCAGUAGAAAAAAGAUUUUAUUUAUUUAAACAGACUUCAUUACUCUACUGAACUGCAUUCCCUAAGGUAGUCAUUUACAUGCACUUAAGCACUGGGAGGCUACAGACAAUUUGCAUUCAUAGCUGGCAUUUUUGGCACUGUACAGGCAGAGAAUACAUUCUGUGCUCUUGGUAUGGAUGAGGUAGAGUAACAAACUAGAAAAAAAUGUAGCUUGCCUUUUUCUUUGUGCGUUACUUUUAUGAUCACCUUUCAUAAUUUCAUACUGGUGGUGGGGCUACAGCCGUAAAUAAGGGAGGAGUGCUUUUAAGUGAAUAUUAUCAAUCCCCAGUAGCCUAAUUGAUAAAGAAUUGGCCUCCUAAGCCAGGGUCUGUGGGUGCAUGUACCAUCUUAGUUGGUAUAAUCCAUUGAGGGUUGGCAUAAUGGUUAAGUUGUUCACCUCAGAGAUACAAGAUACAUGGUUUAAUUAUCACUUUGUGAAGCAUAGCUAGGCUUAAAAUGUUCCCCCCAGGGUAAUCAACCUAGUAGUCACCUAUGAACUGUAGGUGUGUGUUUAUAGCUCACUGUUGCAGUAACCAAAACUCUUCUACUAGUCUAUAAGAUGUUGCUUUUUUCAUUUCCUUGUAACUUUUUGAAUAAUUCAUUGUCAGUUUUGAGCAGAGUAUUCUAUUCACCAGGCCCUCUGAACCCUGUACUGUAAGUAGAUGGUAGGCAGAGACCUGCCAUAGGGCAGCACAGUCAUUCUUACAGAAUGUGUAGCCCUUACUGCAUAAAUGUCUUCCAUUGAGAAAACAUGCUACUAGUUGUACUAACAUUGAAUUAAUGUAUUCUCUUUACUGGUUAAAGGUUUGUGGGGGUCCAAUCUUGCCGUACCUCAUGGAAGGUGGUAAUGGAUGAUAAAUUAAUAUAGAAAGCUGGAACUUUAAUUUUAAUGUGAUGAGGAAGCAGAGCUAGAAUAUGAGGCUUGCACAGUAGGUGUGUAAAAUGAGUAAACUGCACAGACCUUUCAUUUUUCUGUUUUUGAAUAUAAACAUUUUGACCGUACUUGAGGCCCAGCCAAGCUGUGGAUCACUGGUCUGUUCUUGUGGAGAUGGCAUCUAGUGACCCCCCCCCCUUCCUUGUGUGUGGAAAGUCAGAUAGAGGGCGGUGUCCUGGAUGAAAGUGGAAAAUAAGUAAAGCAGCCCAAAACUUAUGAUUCUACAUUUGUUUGUACUUGUUACGCUAGGGAGUGGAAUGUGACUAGCUGCAGAGUUGUUUGGUUGAUGUUUAUAGUAGAUUUCUUUGGCUGUUAACUAGUAUUCAGCAGUUACACUGAUGUCUGAGCAGAUGUCACUCUGACUAAAUUUGGUCACCCGUGUCACUGUUGUUGUGUAAGGUCAGAAUGAGAGUAUGAUGCUGCUACUUUCUGUUAAGAUUUAGUUUAACACCAUCCAGUCAUUGUAAUGGUAGAUAUCUAGCCGGUCUCCCCUUAUGAACAAACUAUAGAGCAGUGUGACAUUUAAUGAUCUAGGGCAAUAAAGGUAGUCUUCAGACUUUUGUGCAUCCACAACUAAUGUCCAUAAAUCCAAAGUGAUCUUGGAUGUGUCCAAGUAGCAUGUGUGGUUAGAGUAUUUGUGACAUAUCUACAUCAGUUACAGAUUGCAGGAACGGCAGUGUCUUACCUUUAUUAAUUGAUUAAAAUAGUUGAAGUCUGCUCCGUUGUGUCCUCUGUGGUAAAAGCUGCAUUUUUUUUUUUACUGGAAGUCUCACGUGUGGCAUUUUUACUACCCAAUUACUGCACUGUGAUUAUUCACAGGGGGCUUUGGCAUAAGCUUUUAUAUAUGUAUUUUGGUGUUUGGAGGAGCAUUAUUGCCUUGCCUCUUCAGAACAGUCUUCAAAACUUCUGUCAGCAUGUGCUAUUGAGGACAUUUUUUUGGACAAAUUAGUUUCCCUGGCUUGGCAAAAUAAAGCCUGUUUUUCCAUAAAGUCAAAGUACUGGUUUAAAGAUGGCUCUUGUCUGCUCAGAAUCCUCUUUUUUGAAUCUUGAGGGGUGAAAUGUUCUGCAGAAUUCAGGCUUGAUGGCAAAAGACUUUUUUUUUUUUUUUUUUUUUUCCCCUGUUAAUGUAGUAGAUUCUGUUUUGCCUGUUCAGGCAAAGGGCACAAUAUUCAAAAUGUAGUAUUGUGUUUGCUUGAUCACUUUUUGAUGAAAUUUAAAAUGUGUUCUUUGUUUUUGCACAUUGUUUCUGGCAAGGAAACCUAUUUUGGAGGUGCCAUCUGAGUGGCAUGAUUCGCUAUUGUAAAAUGCAUUCUGUAACUGCAGACUAUAUUAAUGGGAUAUACAACAACAGCACCCUGGAGCAUGAUACAAAAAAAGCAACAACCACAAGUUCCACCGAACAAUUUAAUAAAAGCUAAGAAUAACUUCUCUCUCUGACGUCUCGGCCAAAAGCCUUCAAGGAGUAUAAUACAUAUAAAAACUAAACAAUAUAUAUACACAAAUGCAGCUGCUAAUUAACCAUUCAGCAUUUAGCAAUUAAUUAAGCAAUGCUUUCCAAUUAAACUCUUCAUUUAGUCCAUAUGGAGGCAUUGUUUUAAACUUUAAAAUAUACAUUGCUUCUUUUUGUACUAAAACAGAUUUAAUAUCUACAUGAUUUUUAUAUUAAUGGGAUAAGCUGCUGCUUAACCAUUCUUGUCUCAUGCUCUAUUUUCUUCGAAGUUGAAUGGUCUGGAAAUCUUGCAGUUUUCAGUUUUUUUUUUUUUUUUUUUAAUGCACUUCAGAAGUGUAACUACCAAGUCGGCAGUUAAAAUAACUGACCGUUUUUAUGGUAAAUAGUAAAUUACUUUUUUUCUUGGAUCUUUUUUCUACACUAAUGUCUGCUGGUCAUCAUCCCUCCUAUAAACUAACCAGCCCAUUCUUUCCAUUUUGCGCAAGAGCCAGAGAUCAUGCGUUCAUCUAGUCAGACAUUGAGAUUGUACUGUGCAACUUUAUCCCACUAUCCUUUUCAGCAGCCUAACACAGUACUGGCUUGGUAAUGCAUGCUGGUUUCAUUGCUUGGGACAGCUUAAAGUUACUUUCAUGAUGCACAGUUUCAUGGGACCUGUGCAUCUUGGCUUGUUCUAAUGUAUAUCUGCCCCUGUUAAGUAAUUGUUGAUUGGACAGCACAUUAGGCUGACUCCUCCCCUUGGGAUGGUUUUGCCAGCUUUGGCCACUGAUUCCCUCACCCAUCCAGCUGCAUCAGUACCCAAAGUCACUUGUUGAUUCUUAAUCAUUGUGACACUGUUGCUUUACUGGGCACCUCAGAGCUGACAGGUAAUGUUUUGUGUAUGGGUUAUGAUAUCAGAUUCCUUCACUUUUGCGAGGGGGGGUAUAAAACAUAUUAAGCAGUGGGGGGUGUCUUUUCUAAACUAAUCUGUUACAUUUUAUAACUGUUUUUGCAGAAAGUUACUUUAAGUAAUGGUUUUGGGAGUGUGUGGUAGGUAUGGCACAGAGGACUGACACCAUUAGAAGUUAAGCUUUCUUGGUCUAACUUUUUUUUUCUGUUGGACAUCGGUGCAUUUACUUUUUUUGUCAAUAUCCUUAUAAGUCUGCUUUUUUUGUAAACAUCUGGUAGACUGCAUAUCUUACCAGAGGGGCUGUGGCUAUUGGACUCAAUCCCUGAAGCACCAUUUCAGAUGCUCUUGGAGUUUUUAGAGGCUUCUACAUUCUGCCCUCCCCACCCUCACCCAGCUCUUUGAUAUCUGUUCUGAUCUCCAGGAUGAUAAUGAGCAGUAAUUUGCUUGGUAAUGUAAGGUGCCUUUGACCUAACUGAGAUUUUAAGCUCAGUGGAUCCACUGCUAGCUCGCAUAUUUUAACGUCAUAAACUGUAAGUCUUACAAUUUCCAUUUUUCCUUUUAUUAUCAUGCAGAGUUGUCCUUUACAUCAAGCACUUCCUCAUAUAGAUCUGGAUUGUCUUGUCCACUGCUCACUGUUUCACUACAAAGAUUUUUUUCAACCCUUGAAAAAUCCGUUAAUCCUGAAGUGGGAUACUGCUGAUUUGUACCAGUUUGUUUACUUUUCCUGCCCAUCUAAGAAUUUCCUGUCUGAGGGAUGUGGCAGUUUAGUGACCAUCUUUACUCUUAUUCAUGCUCAUAUCAAUUCUUCUGAAAAAAUCUGGCAUGAAGUACUGAAUUUAAAGUAGUGAAUUUGACAGCUGGAAUUGCUAAGUUGUACUGAGUUGGAGUAAAGUGUGCAACUGUUUGUUUUUUUUUUUUUCUUAACAUGGACCUUGUCCUUUAUAUGCAUACAUGUACAGAUGCCUGCUCACCCUCUUGAUUGGACAUCAUUUCUUAGGCUGUAAAAAAAAUGCAGCAGUUGAGAAGCAGAUCAUCGCACUUUCAUCAUACGUGUAGCUUGUAACUGGUUAUUUAAGAUUGUACAAAUUCUGUCUUAAUGUUUUGUUUUGUUAAAUGUUCUCUCCUUGUAAUCCAGAAGUAAGAUGUCCUACCCAAACACUCAUUGUAGUUAAUUCCAGUGUAGGUGAUUCAGUUAGCACUGGUUGAAGGCCAUAUAUAAGCUGAUAUAUAGAAUGGUUUAUCUACAGAGACGAAAAAGGUCUUGGACUGUCAGAUUUCCAGUGGGCCGCAAAACAAGGUACAGGUCACCCCUAAGGAAUGUAUAGAACACUGAAUACAGGAAUCUUUGUGAUCUCUCCAACUGCUUGACAUGUCUAGUAAAAUCCAUCCUGAAAAGGGGGGGGGGCACUAUAUUCGAUGAUGGGUUUGAUCAGGACAGAAUAUAGAGGAGAAAAGGAUAACUUUGGAUCUAAAGGAAAUACCUUUUUCAGUAAGCUGUGCCAGAUGGGAUUUCCUGAUCACUGUUUCAACACAAUCAAAGGUGAGAAAAUUUAACAACAGUGUUCCAAGGUCUCUCACAACAUCUGUGUUUCUUUGAGGUUAGGAGUUUUCCUGCACUAUAAGCUGAUGGAGGGUUUGUUUACCAAAUACAAUAAGUAUUACAUUUUUAGCAUUUAGUUGUAGCCCAUUUUCUGAGCUUCUACUAUUAACAUUAGGAAGUUCACUUUGUAGCUUCCACAUAUCAUUGGGGGAUUUGAGUAUAAUACCCUUUUUACAAACAUCUGCAGAUUUUGAUAACCAGAGUUCCCUGUUUUUUUUUUUUUUUAUUUGAGAUCAGCAAAGUAUAUGCCGAAUAGCAGAAGUUCCAGCACAGAUCCCUGUGGGAUCCCACUUGGUUACCUUUAUGCUCUGAAGCGCCUGCUGCCCUCACAGUGUGGGUUCUGUCCCUCAGCAAUUUAAUAUCCAUCUAACUACAUGGGGAUGCAUUUGAAAUCAGUUUAGUGUACUAAUGUUGGCAUGUGGGGUGCUUUCAGAUUGGUGAGGUCAAGUUAUGCAGUAAGGAAUGCAUGACCACUAUCCACUGCUUGCUUUACCCUCUCAAAAAAAUUUACUAGAUUCAUGUGUCGGGAUAUAUCCUUAACAAUGUCAAACUGCUUGGGAGGAAGAUUUUUUUAUAUUGUUUAUAAGGUCAAUUUUGACCUGUUCCAUGGCUUUGCAGAUGAGGCUUUUCAGGCUGACGGGUUAGUAAUUUCCAGGGUCUAUGGUGAGGCUGCUGUUGUGAAUAUGUUUCAAAGUUGCUGUGCACCAUACUUGGGGAACAAAGUUGGUGGAUAAUCUCAGGUUGAAUAGCUGUAGGAGCAUGUAUAAUUUAACUUUUUUUUUUUGUUUUUUAUCUGUGUUUCAUAAUGUACACAGUCUGUGUAGUAUGAUUAUGGUGGUCCUCUGUAUUUUCCUUGAGAUAAUACAUUUGAUAGUUUUUAAAAGCUUAUAAUAGAUAUUGUCAGUAGUAUCCACUGCUCAUUUAUCUUUUCAUGCACCUGAUGUUGCUGUCUUAAGUUUCCUUGUUCUUUUGAAAUGUCUUUCUUUGCUAAGGUAGUUUAUUUUAAGGGGGGUUUACUAUGUCAUUUUGCUGCAGAUGCGAAUUCCGUGUAUUGGACGGAACAGUGUAUGCAUAUUUUUGGUGUUGCAUUCCAACUUAUUUUAAUUUGUAUACAUUCCACUUAAGGUUCUGGAAAGUUGAAGAUUCUUUGCAUACUGCUGGUGGAUGCAGUUAAUAGUCCAUUAACUUUACAUAUACUGCUUUCGUUUUUUUUUUCCUUUAUUAUCUGCAUUACUCCAUGUGUCUUUAACAAUGUUAAGACAGGAAAGAUUGAAAUUUGCUUUCAGAAGUACCAUGUUAAAUUUGUAUAAUGGUUGAAAGCAGAAGUUAGUUAUUUAGCCCCCCUCCGAGCUAGAUUACUUCUGAAUACUGUCAUUGUCUCUUAAAAGUUCUACUGCUUGACAGCAGGGGAAGUGAAUUCAGGUAACCAGUAAACUGGAACUUUGCUAGUCUGCCACAUGCAGCUAAGAAGUAAUUUCAUCCUUUGUUUUAGAACAGGUCCUACUUGAAAGGUCACAGAAAGCUGCAGUUUCAUGUUUAUUGCUGAUGUCAUUGCGUACUGUUUUUUUGUAAAAGUAGAUUACUUUGUAAUAAUGCAUAGUUAUGUGCUACUCUGAAACACAAAUCAGAACAUUUUUUUCCUUCAUUGCAAAAGUUGAUGUUUGCAAGGAUGGUUUCAGUUCCUGGAUUAGACAGGUUAGUGUGGCAUCCACUAGUGACUGAUUAUGGGAACUUGAUUGUUGUCUUUGUCUGGAUUAUAACAUUAUUUUUUGUGGUUUAUGCUUAAUUGUAAUCUUGCACAUGAAUGGGAACAUAACAUUUUUGGAAUGAGUGAAACUUUACCUUGUUUUUGUUGCAGGUUAGAGAAAUGUAAUGCAUUCAGCCUAUUAGUAAUAUUUUUGAAGUUUAUUUGCUUGUGAAGAGCUAGUUCCAUUUUAUUCUGAUGUUACUAAGUUCAGAGCCAUUCACUGUCAUUGAAAGACAUCACAGAGUUCACGAAUCAGUCUUUUUUUUUUUUUUUUUUUUUUUUUUUUUUUUUUACUAAUUAUUUUCUGACACAUUGUAUUAUGUACAUGCUGGCUUGUAAUCAUUUGGAAAGAGAUAGAUCUGUUGCUUGUAUUUACCCUGGUAGAGCACAGUUGAGGGUAGUUUACACUGGUAGCAUUCUAGAACUAUUCUUUCCACCAAAGUUGUAUUAUUACUGAUUUGUGAACCCUUUACUUAAAAGUAGUGCCUUUUACAUGUAAUAGCCUGUUGUAUAAUUAGAAACGCACACUUUUAAACAAUAUAUGUAAAGAUUAAAAAUUGGCAUUGCUUAUUUGAAUUUCUGUAUACUCUUGUAAGGAUCUGGUUAAGGACAUGGCUUUGCAUCCAAUUUUUUCCACAGCUGCUGUUGGUACCCAGGUAAAGCCUAACCUGUUGACUGAUCACUGAAUAACAGAAGAACACUCGCUUAUUGAGCAGAAUAUCUUUUUAGGAAAUUUUAGGUGUCUUCUUUCAGCUGGCCCUCUCCCAGUCUACUCAGAACCCCUCUGCUUGCUUUGUUGCCAGGAUAUCAGUUGGCCUGUUGCUCCUAGGCAUUUUAAGUACCAAUGUGAAAAUGUUUUGUGGAAUCAGAAUUAGUAUGUUAAACCUUGAACAUUUGUCAAAAAGAAGAAUGCUUUCAGUUGCCAUUUGCCCUUACUUUCUAUAACAGUUGGAUUAGUAAAAUGAGAACCACAGCACCAGUAGUCUUCUAGUCCAUGAAUAUUCUAUUUCAGAAAUUUGCCUUUUUGUUUACUGAGAAUAUGUAUUUUGUUAACCAGAUAUAAACUUCUGUAUAAAUAUUAAAAUAAAUGUAUGUUAAUUUUUGUGAUGCUGAGUUGUUACAGAAAACCUAAUGUAAAAAGUUUAAAAUGUUUAAUUAAAACUGAGUAUGCAGUUUAUUUUA